AUGGAUUUACAAGAUAAACAAACAGCUUUUGCGAUUUGCGAAGAAAACUUACAACUGAACGAAUUCUCGCCCAAUAUCAGUUAUAAACCUGACCCAUGUCGACCAAUCAAAGGACAAAUUACACCGGAAGAAUGGAUGGCUUUUUCAAAAUAUAACAAAGAUCGCGCAGAAAAAGAAAUGUAUGAAUCAACACGCCUUCGUGAAAAUAUAUUCCAUACCAUGGGUCAAUCAGCAGCUGAUCUCGAAUCACAACAGAAAGCAAGCGAAUAUGCGUUACGAAAACGUCUUCAUGAACUCGAACGAGCGCUCAAUGAGCUCGAAUGGCAGAAGAAACAGACUCAAGAAGAAAUUCUCAGCAAUGAAAACGAUAUUGAUCGUCUUGAAAAAGCUAUUCGAGACAAAGAGCCAUUGAUCAAAUUAGCAAUGACGCGUCAAGAGAAUCGUCAUAGUCGACCUGGUAUGGAUUUGGUUCGUGAUGAAGUUUCAUACGGAUUAUGUGAUGAAAUUCAACAAUUGAAAGCUGAAAAACGUGCCUUGGAAGAUCAACUCAAACAAGCGAAACAUUCGUGGAACAUUCUUCAGCAAAAUUUACAUCGUAUUGAAGAUGAGAUCGCCGUCAAAUCGAAUUCGAUCAUGUUGGAGAAACGUGCAUUGGAAACUCGCCGUCGUUUGAAUACCGAAAUUACCCCACAGACAGAAGUUGAUCGUACCCGACAACUAAUGAACAUGGAUUCAAGUGGUAUUCGUCCUGUUCUUCAAUCUAUUUAUUGA